AUGUCUAUCACUGAGGACUUGGACAACGUGCCUUGCCUUGCAGACGGCAAGGAUGGCGGAUCUCACUAUUCAGGAGAUGACUGUCAGGUAACGCCCGUCAUCCACGUGCUCCAGUAUCCGGGCUGCGUACCGAAGCCCAUCCCAUCGUUCGCGUGCAUUGGCCGCUGUGCCAGCUACAUCCAGGUGUCCGGUAGCAAGAUCUGGCAGAUGGAGCGGUCGUGCAUGUGCUGCCAGGAGUCGGGCGAACGGGAAGCGUCCGUAUCGCUCUUCUGUCCCAAGGCGAAGAAUGGCGAGAAAAAGUUCCGCAAAGUAGGUUCCGACCAUCCCGACCCCCGUUACGAUGUUACGCAUGCUGUACGCUUCCGUGCGAUAAGAUAA